CCCGCCCCAAAAAAGGAUUAGGUAUAUUUAUGUCCCACAUAGCUUUCCAUGUCUCUGAAUACUCUGCCUACGUCACAGUUUUGUCCCGUUUCUGAAGACAUUUUCAGUGUGUGUUUUCUGCACGUCGGUGUUGCGGACAUUGUAUUCUCUAUAUCUACACGGACAGUGAAAUUUAUGAUUUAUGUGCUUUUUGGCAUGACAACGUCGACCAUCGACUCUUCAUUUACAGAUGCAAACAUAAUGUGUUCCAUUUGUUUCGAAAAAGAAGUUGAACGUCCAGGUUACGACAAAUUCGCCAAAUUUGAAAUGAAAGCGAAAGUUGGUUUGUAAUUUAUAAAGAUGGCAACAUCACUAGACAGUUCUUCGAUGGAGGAUGUUGCAUUGUGUUCUAUAUGUUUCGAAAAGUUCAAGUCGCCGAGGUUUUUACCGUGUACACAUUCCUUCUGUCACGGUUGUUUAUCUUCCUACAUCGUGAGCUUGUGUAAAUCUACGGAGACUCGUUUGGGAUUUAAUUGUCCAUUAUGCCGUGAGUAUACGCCCAGUCCUGGCGCCUUCGAUAAGCCACACGAGUGGGCGGGGCUUUUUCCUGUGAAUGAAAUGUUGAGGAAAAUUGUAGACAAAUCAGACCAAUUGCUUUGUGAGCCAUGCUUGAGAGAAAAAGAAGAAGAGGAGGCCUCGGACUACUGCUUUUCAUGUUUAGAACAUUUAUGCAAAAUAUGUACGAAAUGCCACAGGAAGAAUAUGUCGUCACGAGACCACAAAGUAUCUCCACUAAAUGAACUGAAAUCGGCGAACAGAACAUCCAUUGUUGAUAUCUCAAACAGCUGUGCCACCCAUAAGGAUGAAAAGAUUAGGUUAUAUUGCUUUGAUCACGAACAGCCCUGUUGCGCAAUGUGUGGUGGCAUGGAGCAUAGGAGAUGUGAGCAGUUUGACACUAUUGAAAAUGCUGUACAUGUUUUUAAGGAAAGUGGCAAGGUUGACUCCAUUAUGGAUGAUGUAAACAAAUUUAAAAGUAAAUUAGAAAAGGCCAAAGACGAAGAAGAGAAGAAUAUAACGGAAAUCGAAAAUUCGGUUGAUGAAAUGAUAGCAAGAUCGGAAGAGGAUUUUAAAACUCUUCUUGACCACUUACAGAAAUUGCAACAUGAACAUAUAGAAGAAAUAUCCAGUUCUCUGAAGAAAAGCAAGGAAAAAUUGCAAACAUGCAUAGGCACCUUAACGGAUGGAAUACAAUGUGCAGAGUAUUGCAGCAAAAUGUUUGAACAAGCCCGAAUCAGUGAAUAUGAAACGGAGUUCAUAAUGAAGUUUCAUACGUCGAAAAUAACGUAUGAACAUUUAAAACACGUGAAUUUUUCACGAAAGCGCAUCAUGAUUUCUGCAAAAAAGGAUCCUAUUUUGACGGAAAUCUUGAAUAUGACAGCUCUCUCUGACGUUCACCAUACCGAAUCCUCUCGUCAACUUUAUUUUGAUGUUCGAACUGUAGAAAUGUCUUUAAUAAAGGAAUUUAGCAUUGAUGGGGAUGUCGUGUGCGAUGGUAUAUUUCUGUCUAAUGGCACUUUUGUGAUAGCGGAUUACAGAGAUGAUGGGAAAUGCAUGUUUUUGGACAAACAUUGGGUCCCCAGUAUAUUUGGUUAAAGUCUUAAGAAACCAUUUGGUUUGAUAGAAAACGAUGAAGAAGUUCUUGUGACUUGCAGCGGCUCAAAAAGUAUUGAAGUAUUUUCUUCAUCAGAUUUACAGAAACUUCGAAGUAUUCCCAUGACUGAAUCAGUUUUUGGAAUAACAAACCGGAGGGGUGACAUAUAUGUUGCGUGUGGAAAGAAAAUCAUUAAAAUCGAUAGCGUGGGUAGGAUAUUGAAAAUAUACGAUGUAGAAGGGGCAAAUAAUGUAAAUAUACUUGCAACAAGCACUGGACUUAUUGUGUACAGUGAUUGGAAAAUAGAAAAAGUGACAGCGAUAACCGAUCAGGGAGACAUUGUCUGGAAGUAUAAAAAUCGUAACCUGAAAUGUCCAUGUGGAAUCGAUCAAGACUCUGUCGGUAACAUAUACGUUACAGGAACAGAUAGCAAUAACGUCCACGUGUUGUCUGGAACCGGGGAACUUAUUAGGGUGUUCGAAGACAUCCCGAGCCCGACAUUCUUUAAAUUAAAUGAAGAGAGGGGCAUUAUAUGUGCUUUUGAUAUAUCAAAACGCAUAAGAGUGUUUGAAGUUUAAGUUUCCCAGGAACAUGACAUUACAUUGAUUCUGAACAACAGUCCUAUUGUAUAUUGUAUUCCUUAUAGGAGUUAUGAGAUUGAUCGCUGUUUGUUAUCUUCACCUUUCCUAUAAAAUGUUAGCUGCGCUAAUGCAGCCCUCUCCGA